GACCGUCGAUCUCCAUCCAUGGUGGCAAUGGUACAUCUCCGAGCCCGAAAAUGGCGGCUUCCUCUCUCUCUUCCUGUCUUUCUCUCACUCUAGAAAGCAGAGCCGAAGCUGCACUCUAGCUUUGGCUUUUAUCUUCUUCUGCAUGCUCUGCUCCGCUCGCCCCGCCAGAUGCCUCCCGCCAUCGCGCUGCUCCUCGCGCAGCUGGUGCUGUGCAGCUGCGUCUCUCCGGCGGUGUCCGGCGAUGUCGUCGGCGCCAGGCGCGUGCUGCACCAGCCGCUCUUCCCCAUUGAGUGGACUCCGCCCCCGUCGCCGCCGCCUCCACCAGCUCCAGACUUCACUUCCGACCCCAGUCCUCCCGCAGUGACGCCUGGUGCCCCUCCCGGCGACUUCUUUCCUCCGGCACCGCCCGCAGCUGGUGGAGGUGUCGGUGUCGGUGGCGGUAGCGGUAGCGGUACGACGACCUCCCCCACCACCAUCGCCGCCGACGUCUCCAACCCGCCGUCCGCCUCUGCUGCCGGCAGCGGCCCCAAGAAGGCGACCAUAGUGGCGGCCGGGGCAGCCGCCGCCGCCGGUGUCGCGCUGCUCGGCUUCGCGUGCGCGUUCCUCAUCACCGGCCGCGCCCGCCGCCGAUGCGAGUCGCAGAAGCUGCUCGGCCCCGACGGAGGGCCGGCGCACCGCCGCACGGCUCCCGCCGCCACCGACUUCCUCUACGUCGGCACGAUGGAGCCCGCCACGCCCGCGCACCAACACCGCGGGCCCACCAGCGCCGACCUCGCCGGGUCACCGUACCGCAAGCUGCGGAACGAGCGCGCGCGGCGCGGCGUGUGCCUCGACGAGGCCACCGACCACCCGAGCCCGGAGCUCCGCCCGCUCCCGCCGCUGCGGCGCGCGCCCACCAUGGGCUCCUCCGACGAGGAGGCCGCGUACUACACGCCACGGCAGCGCUCGGGGGGCUCUGGCUCCGGCGGAGCCGGCGGCGUGUGCGGCGAGACGUGGAGCGAGGCGAGCGCGUCCAGCCCGCCCACCACCACCACCGCGUCCCGCCGCAGCCUUCCCAGCAUGACCAGCGACUUCUUUCCCCCGGUCACCGCGCUCCCGCCGCCCCCUGCACGAUCCCGCCGCACGCGCACACCCCCGCGCACGCGCUUCUCCACUGGCUCCACUCCCGACGUCAAGCAGGUCAUCUCGCCAUCCCCGCGGCCGCUGCAACCCACCAACCCGCCUCCACGGCCACCACCACCACCUCCUCCUCCUCCACCACCACCAGCGCCGGCAAAGUCUCACACAGCUCCAAAACCCCCUCCUCCACCGCCGCCACCGAUGGCGUCAACAAACAGAAUUCCCCCAAAGACAGCCGAGCCGACAUCGAGGCGCCGGUUGAUGAAGCCGCUGCCGCCGGAAGGUCCCCGCAUUGCCAUGUCGAUGCCGAUCACGGCGUCGACAACCUCGGAUAACAACGGGAGCACGUCGAUGCCGGAAGCGGACGACUCCGCCGGCGGUCUGCCGAAGCUGAAGCCGCUGCACUGGGACAAGGUGCGGGCGACCUCCGACCGCGCCAUGGUCUGGGACCAGCUCAAGUCAAGCUCAUUCCAGUUGGACGAGGACAUGAUCGAGGCGCUCUUCAUGAACAACUCGAUGCCCGCCGCGCCGCCGAGGGACGCCGGGAGGAAGCCCGGCAUGCCGCCGUUCCGGCAGGAGGAGAGGGUGCUCGACCCCAAGAAAGCACAGAACAUCGCCAUCCUGCUUCGUGCCUUGAAUGUCACGCGCGAGGAGGUCUCGGAUGCGCUCUUGGAUGGCAAUGCCGAAUGUUUGGGCAGUGAACUUUUGGAAACGUUGGUCAAGAUGGCACCUACUAAAGAGGAGGAAGUCAAACUACGAGAUUACAGUGGCGACUUAUCGAAGCUGGGAACCGCAGAACGUUUUCUCAAGACUGUACUGGAUAUACCUUUUGCCUUCAAAAGAGUUGAUGCGAUGCUGUACCGAGCGAAUUUUGAGACAGAGACCAAUUACCUAAGGAAAUCGUUUGAAACACUAGAGGCUGCUUGUGAAGAUCUUAGAGGUAGCAGGCUGUUCCUAAAACUCCUUGAGGCUGUGCUGAGAACUGGAAACCGGAUGAAUGUCGGCACAAACAGGGGUGAGGCUAAAGCCUUUAAGCUCGACACCCUACUAAAGCUUGCGGACGUCAAGGGAGCAGAUGGUAAAACCACGCUGCUGCAUUUUGUUGUCCAAGAAAUGAUUCGAUCAGAAGACGCAAAAUCUGAAAAGGAAACCGCCAGCUCUAACGAGCACUUCCAUAAGCAAGGCCUGAAAGUCGUGUCGGGGCUGAGCAGCGAGCUCGGAAACGUGAAGAAGGCAGCCUCCAUGGACUUCGAUGUUCUGCACAGCUAUGUCAGUAAGCUUGAAACAGGCCUUGAGAAGAUCAAGUCCGUGUUGCAGCUCGAAAGGCAAUGCACCCAGGGCCAGAGAUUCUUCAUAGCAAUGCAGGGCUUUCUGAAGGAAGCCGAGAAGGAAAUCGAGCGAGUGAGAGGCGAGGAGAAGAGGGCUCUGGGGAGAGUGAAAGACAUCACCGACUACUUCCACGGCGACGCCUCAAAGGAGGAGGCUCACCCCCUGAGAAUAUUCAUGGUGGUGAGGGACUUCCUGUCGACGCUGGAUCAUGUCUGUAGGGAGGUUGGCCGGAUGCAGCAGGACAGAACCGUCGUCGGGUCCGCAAGGUCGUUCCGUAUUUCAGCGACAACCUCACUGCCAGUUCUAAGUCUGUACGGCCAACGACGGGAGAACAAGUCCGACGACGAUGAUAGUAUGUCGUCGUAGGAGUGGGCUAUCAAGGAUCAGGCUGGAUUUUGGAAUGCACAUAGCACACACGAACUUUGACAGCUUUGGCAGCUGCAGGAAAUGUUACUAUGAUAGUUUCAAGGAAGCACAUAUUCAGUGUUGGGAUGGCCAAGGUUAGGAGAGAUCGGGGUCGACGGGGUGUAUACGUUAGGAUUAUUCUGAUUUUUUGUGUACAAAAGGAGAACGGUGAUAAGAUCUUUCUCUUUCUA